AUGGCUCUUCAACAUAUGUCUGAGUCAGUGUUCGUGGGACUGUGUUAUAAUCUCGGGACUUCACAGGAGGUGGCCAUGAGGAGAGAUGUGGCGGACAUUAGGGAUGUGGUGGACAAUAAAGGGAAAACAAGUGGUGAGAAUAGUGUGAUGGUGAAUGGAAGUAACAAAGAAGGAUUCAGACUAGAAGGAUCAGAUAUAGACUAUAUGUACUGGCGAAAUGAUCACCGUGUGAUUUGGGAAUUAUCUCAGUCUCAGUAUUACAACACACACAGACAAACACUGAUCCUCUGUGACUGUUCUGAGAGUCCACCAGGGUACACUUUGCUAUAUUUACUGUCAACAAGCAGGGAUGAAGACGUACAGAGAGCCUGUUUUAGAAUGAAUAACCGGUUUUAUAUCUCCAGUUCAGAAUACAGAAAUAUAUGGUGUUCUGCACUGUCACCUGACUCCAUUCAACAUGGACCAUGUGCCAGUGGAACUUUUGGCAGUGAUACAGAAUAUGAUUUUGCUGACUGUUUUGUCAGUGACUUUUGGUCUCCAUCUGCCUCCUCAUGGAUAGACAGAUGUCGCUCAUGGCCCCAGACUUAUAUUGUUGAUGAUAUAGUGAAAAAUGGAUGUCAUUUUGUAGCAAUUGGACAUAAGCUAGGACAUCAUGAAAGCAAUGAAUGGAGAAUUUCUUUCUCUCUUGCAGAACACAAACUUGUGGGUGCUAUGAAUCACUAUCAAUUCUUGACCUAUGGCUUGCUUAAAUUAUUCUUAACAGAAAUAAUUAACAAUGGACUGAGUGAUGCUGAUAAAUUACUGUGUUCCUAUCACACGAAGACAGCAGUUUUUUGGGUUAUUCAACAGAACAAAAUACUUUACUGGUGUCCACAAAAUUUCAUGGAGUGUUUCUGGGUCUGUUUCAAACUCAUCCUAAAAUGGGUGUAUGAGGGGGUCUGUCCUAACUUUUUCAUUCCUCAAAACAAUAUGUUUCUGGGUAAGAUUCAUGGUGAAGCACAACAUCAGCUAUUAAUAAAACUGUAUGGAUUGUAUGAGAAGGGUAUAGCAUUCCUGCUACACAGUCCAUCUAUUAGGUCUUGUAUCAUAAAUGUCCUAUAUAACCCCCACCUCUUCAUCUGUUCAGAUGAACAUACUCUAAUCCCUGAAAUGGUGUUUAAUAUAGUGCUGUUUCAAGAAAUUUGCAAAUAUUGCACACUUAGCACACCAAACCUAGUAGAAUCCUAUAUGAAAAAUCUACAUAGAAUAGAACAGAUGAUAGGCUUACCCCUUCUUACACAGUAUCAAGCCGUGAUGCUACAGAAACUUACAGCUUAUGUCCUUCAGAGCACAGCUUUUAUGUUACAUAUAGAAACUUACACACAUAAAAACAAGCUGAGGUAUAGAGCUGACAAAAUUUCUUGUUACAUGCCGAAAUUAGCAGCCAAGUUUGGUUGUAUUACUGACAUGUUGUACAUAGCUAUUUAUUAUUACAACGGAUUUCGAUACAUGGAAGCUUUAUCCGUCAUAGAGAUGAUCAAGGUCAAGUUAGCACAGCCAUAUGUGAUAUAUGGAUAUAAUGUAGAUAUAGAGAUGUAUACUACAUGUAAGACUCUAGGGGGACAGUCCUGGUCUAAAAAGAUGAGACAGGCUGUAGCAUGGGAUAUCAACCUUGACAAUAAAAUCCAUUACAUGAGUGAAUUGAUACCAGAACAACAGUCUGCUAUACAGAACAGGGAGACUUCAUUACAUAUUCCACCCUUUAUACUGUUAUACAUGCUAGAGAUCUUGUGCUACAGACAUAUAGACACAAUGAGACUACAAACAGCCCUAGAUGAUCUACAGACCCUAGUUCACUAUGAUCAAGGACAGUUUAUACCUUUACAUCUCAGAGACAUAACAUGGCAGAUUCUGGGGAUCUGUCAACAGGUGACAGGGAACCUCCAGGCUGCUUUAUACUCAUACCAACAAUCUCUCAGACAAGCACCAUUCAACAGCAUACACAGAGCUUCAGAAAUGCGAAUACAGGGAAGCUUUCACUAA